GGUGACGUACUUCCGUUCAUUUCAGCGUGUUUGGGUCAUACAGUUCCGGUUGAAAGGUCCCCAACGUGGCUCCCGAUGUUUUCCAGCGUGGGGAAUUUAAUGCAAAGAACGUGAAGACACUUUGAGAAAACAACAGGUGAAAAUGGGUGAGUUCAAGGUGCAUCGUGUCAGGUUCUUUGACUACAUGCCCAGUGCCAUCAGAGCCAUGGCGUUCAACAGACACACCGAGCGGCUGGCUCUGGCCCGGGCUGAUGGAGCUCUGGAGAUCUUCUGCUUUGCUGACAACUACUUUCAAGAAAAAGUCAUUCCAGGACGGGAAGGCAGGGCAGUGGAGGCUCUCUGUUGGGUGGGUCAGCGCCUGUUCAGCGCUGGAUUGAAUGGAGAGAUCACAGAGUAUGACCUGGAGAAACUGAGGCCGCGGUACACUUUGGAAGCCUACGGAGGACCAAUCUGGACCAUCAGCAGCAACAGCCAAGGGACCCUGCUGGCGGUGGGUUGUGAAGAUGGAACUGUGAAAAUAUUUGAAGUACUACAGGAGAAAAUUCAGUUUCAAAGAAACCUUGACAGGCAGAAAGGCCGUAUUAUAUCUCUCUCCUGGCAUCCUUCUGGUACACAUAUAGCUGCCGGGAUGAUGGACAUAAUCCAAAUAUUUGAUGCUGAGACAGGCCACGCUACACACAGACUGCUAGUGGACAGAGGAGUCGGAGCAUCAAAAAGCAAAGAGGUUGUAGUCUGGAGCAUUGCCUUCCUGUCCGACCACACCAUCAUUAGCGGUGACUCCGCAGGAAAGGUCCAGAUCUGGGACGGAUUCACAGGAACUCUGGUCAAAACUCACCUGGUCACCAAAUGGGACGUUCAGGCAUUGUCUGUUUCACAUGAUGAAAGCAGUCUGGUAGCCGGAACUUCAGAAGGAACGGUCAUCCAAUUUCAGUUUCUGUCCUCUACUGUGGACCAGCAGGAUAAAGCAUGGAUCAGAACCAGGACCUUUAAAAAUCACUCGCAUGAUGUGAGGGCGCUGGCCCACACUGACACUGCUGUGGUUUCAGGAGGCAUGGACACUCAGCUGGUAGUGCGACCCCUGCUGGACAAGGUGGAGAAAAACACCCAGGAAUCAGCACUGCGCAAAAUAGCUUUCCCACAUAGAAAUCUGGUGAGCUGUGCGAAGAAAGCUGGACUGCUGCUUUUUCAAUUUCCCGACCAUUUAGAGGUGUGGAGGGUCGGAGAGAGUGAUGGACAUGGAAAGCCUGGUGAAAGUCUACCCGUGAAGAGGAAACCAGAGAAACUGAUCCAGCUAAAGACAAAGGGGGAGGAUCAUAUCUGCUGCAGUGCUCUGUCCCCAUGUGGAGGCUGGUUAGCUUACUCUACAGUCUCCAGUGUCCGUCUGUACAGAUUACAGUACAACAACAACAUCAGCAUCACCAAGAUCUCCAGACUACCAAAAGAGCUCCGCUGGGCUCACCAGCUCUGCUUUUCAUCAGACUCCUCUAAACUAUUUGCUUCAGUCAACAACUCCUCAGUUGUCAUUGCUUCCCUCAACCAGCUGGAAUGCAAAUACCUUCACACCCUCAAACCCAAGUCAGGCUCACAGCAGCUGGUCCAUCUCCUGUUUGCCAGUGAAGAUGGUAAAUGGCUAGCGACAGCAAACACAGACUGUGAGGUUCACGUUUACAACCUUCACAAGCAAAAGCUGCAUUGCACGGUUCCAGUGUACAGCUCCUGUCCCACCACCUUAGCCAUCAACCCAGCUACAAGCAACCUGGUUGUGGUGCAUGCUGACCAGCAGAUCUUUGAGUACUCUCUGGCGCAGAAGGAAUACACAGAUUGGAGUCGGAUGCUGCAGAAACAAGGACUGCACUACCUGUGGUUGGAGAGGGACACACCCAUCACCAACGUCACCUUCAACCCUAAAAACUCAGCGCACAUCAUCCUGCAUGACACGUUUAUGUUCUGCGUCAUCGAUCAGAGCCUGCCUCUUCCUGAAGCAAAGGCUAUGCUGUUCAAUCAGAUGACACUGAGGAGUCUUCCUGAGGCGGAGAGGAAACAACACAGCCAUGCUUUUAAGAUGUGCAAAAACUAUCAGCACCUCCUGUGUGUGAGUUUACUGGAGGACCACUCUCUGGUUGUGGUGGAGCGCCCCCUGAUGGACAUCAUGGCUCAGCUGCCUGCACCUGUGCGACAGAAGAAGUUUGCUACAUAAAUGAACUGUGAGAGAAAAAGGAUCAGAGAUAACUCGAUGUAUCUCCCAAAUCUGAACUUCAAGAACUUUUAAUGUGUUGCCACUUUGUAAAAAAAAAAAAGCUUUGAUUGAAAAAAGUAAUAAAUAGAAAUAUUUACUGUCA